AUGGAUGCCAUCAAGAAGAAGAUGCAGAUGCUCAAGCUCGACAAGGAGAACGCAUUGGACAGAGCUGAGCAGGCCGAGUCAGACAAGAAGGCAUCCGAGGACAGGAGCAAACAGCUUGAGGAUGACCUGGUGUCACUGCAGAAGAAGCUGAAGGGAACUGAGGAUGAGUUGGACAAGUACUCUGAAGCCCUGAAGGAUGCCCAGGAGAAACUGGAGCUCGCUGAGAAGAAAGCCACAGAUGCUGAGGGUGAUGUAGCUUCCCUGAACAGACGUAUCCAGCUGGUUGAGGAGGAGCUGGACCGUGCUCAGGAGCGUCUGGCCACAGCUCUGACCAAGCUGGAGGAGGCUGAGAAGGCUGCUGAUGAGAGUGAGAGAGGCAUGAAGGUUAUUGAGAACAGAGCGAUGAAGGAUGAGGAGAAGAUGGAGCUGCAGGAGAUCCAGUUGAAGGAAGCCAAACACAUUGCUGAGGAGGCUGACCGCAAAUACGAGGAGGUGGCCCGUAAGCUGGUGAUCAUUGAGAGUGAUCUGGAACGUACAGAGGAACGUGCUGAGCUGUCUGAGAGUAAAUGCUCUGAGCUUGAGGAGGAGCUGAAAACUGUGCAGAACAACCUGAAGUCUCUGGAGGCUCAGGCAGAGAAGUAUUCACAGAAGGAGGACAAGUACGAGGAGGAGAUCAAGGUUCUUACAGACAAGCUGAAGGAGGCUGAGACUCGUGCUGAGUUUGCUGAGAGAUCAGUCGCCAAGCUAGAGAAGACCAUCGAUGACUUGGAGGAUAAACUCACACGCACUAAAGAAGAGAACCUGCGCGUAAAGCAGAUGCUGGAUCAGACUCUAAUGGAAAUGUGUAACCUUUGA